GCUCGGUGCUUCGUUUUGUUCAGCAGCGCAGGUAUUACCCCCUUUUGAAUGUUUGUUUGUUUCGCUUCCCUUUUGUCGUCGCGCAAACGACUCUUCUGCACGUCGUAAAGGGCUUAGUCGAAAGCGGCGCGUCGAUAAACGACGAUGCGCACCGAGGAGUAGUGGAUCGAAAGGAAAAAAAGAAAAAGGAGAAAAAUAAAGAGAGAGAGAACAGUGUGAAAGGCUUAACGGGGGUGGUCCACACCCCCCCGCAGCUCUUCCAAGUGCAAAAGUUGAAGAAUUGAAGACAGAAGCAUUGAAAUUGUUAAUGUGAAUGAACGUACACGAUCAUUACUGAGAGGAUAACAUUGGUGAAGCAUCUACGAAGCAGUAACCAUGGAGGACGGCCAUUGUAAAACUGUGGAAGAAGUGAUAAAUUACUUCAGCGUCGAUUCUGAUCAGGGACUAAGUCCCGAUCAAGUCAAAAGGAAUCAGGAGAAGUAUGGUCUCAACGAAUUGCCAGCUGAGGAGGGAAAAUCCAUCUGGCAACUCGUCCUGGAACAGUUCGAUGACCUUCUAGUUAAGAUUCUUCUAUUAGCUGCUAUUAUUUCUUUUGUAUUAGCCUUAUUUGAAGAGCACGAGGAUGCGUUCACGGCCUUCGUCGAACCCUUUGUCAUCCUGCUUAUCCUUAUCGCCAAUGCCGUCGUCGGUGUCUGGCAAGAACGAAAUGCCGAGUCUGCGAUCGAGGCGCUCAAGGAAUACGAACCCGAGAUGGGUAAAGUUGUACGAGGGGACAAAUCUGGCGUUCAGAGGAUUCGGGCCAAAGAGAUCGUGCCCGGCGAUAUUGUAGAGGUGUCAGUCGGUGACAAAAUCCCAGCAGAUAUCCGUCUGUCCAAAAUCUUCUCGACUACUCUCAGGAUCGAUCAGUCCAUUCUAACUGGGGAAUCGGUGUCCGUGAUCAAGCACACCGACCCUGUGCCCGACCCACGCGCUGUCAAUCAGGAUAAGAAGAACAUCUUGUUCUCUGGUACCAAUGUCGCCGCUGGAAAGGCUCGUGGUAUCGUUAUUGGAACCGGCUUAAACACGGCCAUCGGUAAGAUCCGUACGGAAAUGUCGGAGACCGAGGAAAUCAAGACACCAUUGCAGCAGAAAUUGGACGAGUUCGGCGAACAAUUGUCGAAAGUUAUCUCCGUAAUUUGUGUUGCUGUAUGGGCCAUCAAUAUUGGCCACUUUAACGAUCCGGCUCACGGUGGUUCCUGGAUUAAGGGUGCCAUUUACUAUUUCAAAAUUGCUGUCGCUCUCGCCGUAGCUGCUAUUCCUGAAGGCUUGCCCGCUGUAAUCACAACUUGCUUGGCUCUGGGCACCAGGCGUAUGGCCAAAAAGAACGCCAUUGUACGAUCUUUGCCGUCCGUAGAGACUCUAGGUUGUACGUCCGUCAUUUGCUCCGAUAAAACUGGCACUCUGACGACUAACCAGAUGUCCGUUAGCCGAAUGUUCAUCUUUGACAAGAUUGAGGGUAUUGAUAGCAGCUUCCAUGAAUUCGAAAUCACCGGCUCGACUUAUGAACCCAUCGGUGAAAUUUUCUUGAGAGGUCAGAAAAUUAAAGGACAAGAUUAUGAAACAUUGCACGAGCUCAGUACAAUUUGCAUUAUGUGCAACGAUUCUGCUAUCGAUUUUAACGAGUUCAAACAGGCAUUCGAGAAGGUCGGUGAGGCUACAGAGACUGCUUUGAUCGUUCUCGCUGAGAAAAUCAAUCCGUUUGGUGUCCCGAAAAGCGGUUUAGAUCGCCGAGCUGGCGCUAUUGUCGUCAGGCAGGAUAUGGAAACAAAGUGGAAGAAGGAAUUCACGCUAGAGUUCUCUCGUGAUCGCAAGUCCAUGUCAUCGUACUGCGUGCCUCUGAAAUCAUCGAAAUUAGGAACUGGACCGAAAUUAUUUGUCAAGGGUGCGCCAGAAGGUGUAUUGGACAGGUGCACACAUUGCCGCGUCGGUGGUCAAAAGGUUCCUCUGACUUCGACCCUGAAAAAUCGCAUUCUGGAUUUGACCCGCCAAUACGGAACUGGUAGGGAUACCUUGCGCUGCCUUGCUCUUGCUACCGCUGAUCAUCCGAUGAAGCCUGACGAUAUGGAUCUGGGCGACUCCACUAAAUUCUACACAUACGAAAAGGAUCUCACAUUUAUAGGUGUAGUGGGUAUGCUCGAUCCACCUCGCAAAGAAGUAUUUGAUUCGAUUGCUAGGUGCCGUGCCGCUGGCAUUCGCGUAAUCGUUAUCACCGGCGAUAAUAAGGCCACUGCCGAAGCCAUUUGCCGACGUAUUGGAGUCUUCGGUGAGGAGGAAGACACUACCGGCAAGUCGUAUUCCGGACGUGAAUUUGAUGAUCUGCCGACAUCGGAACAGAAAGCGGCUUGCGCCAGAGCUCGCCUCUUCUCUCGUGUAGAACCGGCCCAUAAGUCAAAGAUCGUGGAAUUCUUACAAAGCAUGAAUGAAAUUUCUGCUAUGACUGGUGACGGUGUGAAUGAUGCUCCCGCUUUGAAGAAGGCUGAGAUCGGUAUCGCUAUGGGUUCUGGUACUGCAGUCGCGAAAUCGGCUUCGGAGAUGGUGUUGGCAGACGACAAUUUCUCUUCCAUCGUAGCUGCUGUAGAGGAAGGUCGUGCCAUCUAUAAUAACAUGAAACAAUUUAUCCGUUACCUCAUUUCUUCCAACAUUGGCGAAGUUGUCAGUAUAUUCUUGACCGCCGCCCUUGGUCUUCCCGAAGCACUAAUUCCGGUUCAACUUCUGUGGGUUAACUUAGUCACUGAUGGUCUUCCAGCUACUGCUCUCGGUUUCAAUCCACCUGAUUUGGACAUUAUGAGCAAGCCUCCUCGCAAGGCUGACGAAUCCUUGAUUUCUGGAUGGUUGUUUUUCCGUUACUUGGCUAUUGGUGGAUAUGUAGGCGCUGCCACCGUCGGUUCAGCUGCUUGGUGGUUCAUGUACAGUCCAAAUGGUCCUCAAAUGAACUACUAUCAAGUUACUCACCACUUGGCAUGUGUUGGCGGUGGAAGCGAAUUUAAAGGUAUUAAUUGCAAGAUCUUUGCUGAUCCUCAUCCCAUGACUAUGGCUCUCUCUGUAUUAGUCACCAUUGAAAUGUUAAAUGCCAUGAACAGCUUGUCUGAGAAUCAGUCGCUCAUCACCAUGCCGCCUUGGUCCAACAUGUGGCUCAUUGCAUCCAUGGCUCUUUCUUUCACACUCCAUUUCGUCAUCUUGUACGUCGAUGUUCUUUCGUCCGUAUUCCAAGUGACCCCACUAACGGGUGAAGAAUGGGUUACCGUUAUGAAGUUCUCCAUUCCAGUGGUACUUCUCGACGAAACCUUGAAGUUCAUUGCCAGAAAGAUCACAGACGUAAAUGAAGUUGUCGUCGACAAGUGGGCCCAGUAAAUGAGUGGGUUGUCGACAGGCGUGAUCCCACACUCCGUCGUCGCCGCCACCGAGCGCGCGAGGCAAGCUCAACCCGAAAAUUAAAAAAAACCCAAACGAAAGAAAAUUAAAAGAUGCAAAGACGAACGAACAAAAGCGUGAAAUAACACGCUUGUGUUUCGUAGAGCGCUGAAAUAACAACAGAAACGGCAGCAGCAGCAGCAGCAGCAACGCACUCGAUAACCACUUAGCUACCUGCCAACCUGCAGUUCGGGGAUCCUCCUCCGUGUCCGGGACUUCCCCGAUCGCUGAGUAGAUGCGCUAUACCGUCUCGCCGCCGCUGCUUUUAUUCUUUUUCAUCUUCUCUUCUCCCUCUCCGCAAGAUCGCUGCGCACGAGAGGUCGUUCGAGUCGAGGUCGUCGUCCCGAGGCCGACGAAAGCGAAGCGAACGAACGGCUUUAAGGAAACUCUUCGUCUUCGGUGUCUGCAGCCGCAUAUUAACGUUCUUAACUCAACGACUGUGCCUUUUUAAAGCCGAUUGCACCAAAGUCGGUCAGCGCUAAUUUCGAUCGAACCACACUUUUUCCCUUCUUCUGUCCGUGCAAGAUGUCAUUUGCAUUCGCACUCGUAAAAUAUAAGACUUAUCGGUUUUUCAUUAC